AUGAGACUAUAUAAUAGCCCCUCCCCUAUAUCACCAUCACACCCAGGAGAACCCGCCUUUCGACUCUACACCCGCCUCUCCCUCUUCAACCUCCUACUCAACCACGUCACAUCCAACCUGACCCAGAAUUUGGUCGUGGGUCUACAAUCGGGUGGCUCUGGCGCUUUCGAGGUCCCCCCCCCCCGCUCCCAGCCUGCCACUAAGCGACACGGAGUUCCUUCUGAGCGGAUCAAGCAACGUUCACCCCAUAUCGACCUCCGUCCUGCCAUUUUGUCUACUUCAUCUUUGACACGUCAAUUGUUCUAUCUUAAGCCAACAGAGCAUGAGCAGCUUUCGCGGGCGAAGGACAAUAAAUCGUCCAAGAAGAAGGAUUCAUCCAACUCUACACCACAGUCCCUUGGAGUCAACCCUACACAGCAGUCGGCAUCCCCGAACCAAGGUACCCCGACCUCCUCAACAACCUCUUUGAAUGACACACGAGGAAAAUCGCCCGAGAAUGCAUCUCCAGCAGGAACUCCCUCGGGAGGCGCCGGCGCUCCCGCUCAACACUAUAUAGCGCAGGGGGCUGGAGCGGCCGGUCAGCCAGUGAACAAUGGCCCAGGCACCCCGACAAGACAGGGCCAGCCCAUAGCCCCCAGUGUGGUCAUUAGUCCUAGUGGUCCUCAUGCCCCUCCUCCAGGUGCCGCUGAGACUAUGCCUGGAGAUUUGGCGCCCCCGCGGAAAUCUCAUGUGUUCGACCGUCUUCAAACCACCCCCAAGGACAUGUCGGAAGGAAUUCGGACCCCCAAACGCCAACACUCAUCUCGAUUUGAUAUCUCAGACCAGCGUCAGCGAGAGUUGGAGAAGCUGCCUGGCUUCCAUGAGGUUGCCCCGAACCGCCGUCAGGACCUUUUCAUGCAGAAGAUCGAUCAGUGCAACAUUAUUUUCGACUUCAAUGAUCCUACCGCAGAUAUGAAGUCCAAAGAGAUCAAGAGGCUGGCUCUCCAUGAGCUCUUAGAUUACGUCGCCAACAACCGAUCCGUGAUCACCGAACCUAUGUACCCUCGUGUUGUUGAAAUGUUUGCAAAGAACCUAUUUCGCCCAAUUCCCCCGCCUAUGACACCCCAGGGCGAGGCUUUUGACCCGGAGGAAGAUGACCCUGUUUUGGAGGUGGCAUGGCCUCAUAUUCAGGUGGUCUAUGAGUUUUUCUUGAGAUUUAUUGAGAGCCAAGAUUUCAACACGAACAUUGCAAAGGCAUACAUCGAUCAUCAAUUCGUUCUUCAGUUGCUGGAUUUGUUUGACUCGGAGGACCCACGGGAGCGUGAUUUCCUCAAGACUACAUUGCAUCGUAUUUACGGCAAAUUCCUGAAUCUGCGAUCAUAUAUUCGCAGGUCCAUCAACAACGUUUUCUUCCAAUUUAUGUAUGAAACUGAGAGACACAAUGGCAUUGCUGAGUUGUUGGAGAUUUUGGGCUCUAUCAUCAACGGCUUUGCCCUUCCGCUGAAGGAGGAGCACAAGCUCUUCUUGACUCGGGUUCUUCUUCCCAUGCACAAGGUAAAGAGCUUAAGCAUGUACCACCCACAACUGGCCUAUUGCAUUGUUCAGUUCUUGGAGAAGGACUCAACUCUCACAGAAGACGUCGUUCUUGGAUUAUUGCGUUACUGGCCGAAGACGAACAGCACAAAGGAGGUCAUGUAUCUCAAUGAAGUUGAGGACAUUUUCGAGGUCAUGGACCCUGCCGAGUUUGCUAAGGUGCAAGAGCCUCUCUUCCACCAAUUAGCCAAGUCGGUUGCCAGCCCGCAUUUCCAAGUCGCCGAACGUGCUCUGUACUUCUGGAACAAUGAGUAUUUCUGCAACCUUGUCAGCGAUAAUGUGGAAACCAUUCUUCCAAUUAUGUUUGCUCCCCUUUAUGAGAACUCCAAGGGUCAUUGGAACAGGACUAUCCAUAGCAUGGUUUACAAUGCGAUGAAGAUGUUCAUGGAGAUCAAUCCUCAGCUUUUCGACGAGUGCUCCCACGAAUACACCGAACACCAGAACAGUGCAGACCAACGUGAGAAGACUCGACAGGAUCGAUGGGACUUGAUCGAGCAGCGAGCAAAGCGACAGAAUGGUGCCCCAGUGCUGCCAUCGGCUCCCAGCCUCAAUGUCCCCGAGCCCAUCGAUGAGGUCGAGGCCAUGACCAAUGAGAGCCAGAAGCGAUUGAAUAACCUGAAGCUUGAUGAAUCUGAAACCUCCAAGGAGCGACCUCCUCGGGAAGGAACUCCGGUGAGUCCUGUGCAACUAUAA